AUGGCGCCACCAGUGCCACCAGCUGAACCAGCUAUCUCAGUGCCACCAGCUGAACCAGCUAUCUCAGUGCCACCAGCUGAACCAGCUAUCUCAGCGCCACCAGCUAUCUCAGUGCCACCAGCUGAACCAGCUAUCUCAGUGUCACCAGCUGAACCAGCUAUCUCAGUGUCACCAGCUGAACCAGCUAUCUCAGUGCCACCAGCUGAACCAGCUAUCUCAGUGUCACCAGCUGAACCAGCUAUCUCAGUGCCACCAGCUGAACCAGCUAUCUCAGUGCCACCAGCUGAACCAGCUAUCCCAGUGCCACCAGCUGAACCAGCUAUCUCAGUGCCACCAGCUGAACCAGCUAUCUCAGUGCCACCAGCUGAACCAGCUAUCUCAGUGCCACCAGAUGAACCAGCUAUCUCACCAGCUGAACCAGCUAUCUCAGUGCCACCAACUGAACCAGUUAUCUCAGUGCCACCAGCUGAACCAGCUAUCUCAGUGUCACCAGCUUAA